AUGAACGGCCCCAGUUUCUGGUUUGUCAGGGACAUCAGUCCCAAAUGUUCAAGGGUUAGUAACGNUUCUGGUUUGUCAGGGACAUCAGUACCAAAUGUUCAAGGGUUAGUAAAGUGUGAUAUACGACCAAGAUACGCGACAGAGCCUAUUUUUACAUUCAACGCAUGGAUGUUUCCUACUAUUACCGUCCAGAUGCCCAGUGAAGGUAUUGCUGAUGACAUAGCCGCGAAAUAUGAUAACCUAACUUUAGCGGAUCCGUCAUUUGCGGUGCCUAAUAAUGUGGACUCAUUGCUCGGCGUAGACUUGUUCGCGCGUAUACUUGACGGUAAUCGCGUCUCCGUCGGAGAGUCGCUGCCAGUGGCUUUUGGCUCAGUGUUUGGAUGGAUACUUAUCGGUCCAGUACCCCAGACCAACGAGUAUACUGAAUUGUCUUGCCCUAUUUCUCUUGUGUCGACGGCGGAAAAUAUAAUUAGUAAACUCUGGCAAAUAGAAGAACCUGAGGCUGCGACUGAUGAUUUUAAUCACGCAGGUAUCUGUGAAACUAUGUAUAACGAGGAAAGGUCGCGUGAUGAAGACGGACGUUUUGUGGUACCGUUGUUUUUUUGUCAACCGGUUACGGAAAAUACUUUUUACGGUUCACGUGCAGUCGCUAUGCGACGUUUUACAUAUUUAGAGAAAAAAUUAGAGGCGGAUCGUCGGUUUCGUGAGUCUUAUUGUGCAUUCAUGGCAAAAUAUUUGGCCUUGGGCCAUAUGUCUCUCGCUACAUCUAAAGAUUUAUAUCUCAUUCCUCAUCACGCCGUAAAUAAACCAUCAGAAGGGGAUAUAAAAUUAAGAGUGGUUUUGGACGCGUCUGCUCAAGCGUUUUCCGGAACAUCAUUAAACCAAUGUUUAUAUGCGGGGCUGAAAUUGCAACGCGAUGUAAUCAAUGUCUUAACAUUAUUCCAAUUAUCACGCUUUGCCUUUAUGGCUGAUAUUAACAAAAUGUAUCAGUAG